GAUUAGAACAUAACCAGAGUGACACGUUGAAUUCUCCAUAAUCAAGGAAACCUUUUCCGGGUGGGGAUCUCUGAAAUCACUCAGUGAGCAACCCUAAUUAACCUGAUUUUUUGCUGAUAAUCACUCUCAAUGGAAUCAAAUCACAAAUCCGGGGAUGGAUUGAGCGGCACCCAGAAGGAAGCAGCCCUCCGCGCACUGGUCCAGCGCACAGGAUAUAGCUUGGUCCAGGAAAAUGGACAGAGAAAAUAUGGUGGCCCUCCACCGGGUUGGGAUGCUGCACCCCCAGAAAGGGGCUGUGAAAUUUUUAUUGGAAAACUUCCCCGAGACCUUUUUGAGGAUGAACUUAUACCAUUAUGUGAAAAAAUUGGUAAAAUUUAUGAAAUGAGAAUGAUGAUGGAUUUUAAUGGCAACAAUCGAGGAUAUGCCUUUGUAACUUUCUCAAAUAAACAGGAAGCCAAGAAUGCCAUCAAGCAACUUAAUAAUUAUGAAAUUAGAAAUGGGCGGCUCUUAGGGGUUUGUGCCAGCGUGGACAACUGCCGAUUGUUUGUUGGGGGAAUUCCAAAAACCAAAAAGAGAGAAGAAAUCUUAUCAGAAAUGAAAAAGGUCACCGAAGGAGUUGUCGAUGUCAUUGUCUACCCAAGCGCUGCAGAUAAAACCAAAAACCGAGGCUUCGCCUUCGUAGAAUAUGAGAGUCAUCGGGCAGCGGCCAUGGCCCGGCGGAAACUUCUGCCAGGAAGAAUUCAAUUAUGGGGACACCCUAUUGCAGUAGACUGGGCAGAACCAGAAGUAGAAGUUGAUGAAGAUACAAUGUCUUCAGUGAAAAUCCUAUAUGUAAGAAACCUAAUGUUGUCUACCUCUGAAGAGAUGAUUGAAAAAGAAUUCAACAAUAUUAAACCAGGUGCUGUGGAAAGGGUGAAGAAAAUCCGGGACUAUGCUUUCGUGCACUUCAGUAACAGGGAAGAUGCAGUGGAGGCUAUGAAAGCUUUAAAUGGGAAGGUGUUGGAUGGUUCCCCCAUUGAAGUGACCCUAGCCAAACCAGUGGACAAGGACAGUUAUGUGAGGUAUACCCGAGGCACAGGUGGAAGGGGCACCAUGAUGCAAGGAGAGUACACCUACUCUUUGGGCCAUGUUUAUGAUCCCACUGCAGCCUACCUUGGAGCUCCUGUCUUCUAUGCCCCCCAGGCCUAUACGAUUCCCAGCCUUCAUUUCCCAGCCACCAAAGGACAUCUUGGCAACAGGGCCAUUAUCCGAGCCCCUUCUGUCAGAGAAAUUUACAUGAAUGUACCUGUAGGGGCUGCGGGAGUGAGAGGACUGGGCGGCCGUGGCUAUUUGGCAUAUACAGGCCUGGGUCGUGGAUACCAGGUCAAAGGAGAAAAGAAAGAAGACAAACUCUAUGAUCUCUUACCUGGGAUGGAGCUCACCCCGAUGAAUCCUGUCACCUUAAAACCCCAAGGAAUUAAACUCGCUCCCCAGAUACUAGAAGAAAUUUGUCAGAAAAAUAACUGGGGACAGCCAGUAUAUCAACUGCACUCUGCCAUUGGACAAGAUCAAAGACAACUAUUCUUAUACAAAAUAACCAUUCCUGCUCUGGCCAGCCAGAAUCCUGCAAUACACGCUUUCACACCUCCGAAGUUAAGCGCCUAUGUGGACGAAGCAAAGACAUAUGCAGCCGAAUACACUCUGCAGACCCUGGGUAUUCCCAUCGAUGGAGCUGACGCUCCGACUGUAGCUGCUGCUGCUGCUGCUACUGCUUUUCCAGGAUAUGCUGUCCCUGGCACAACUGCACCUGUGUCUGCAGCUCAGCUCAAGCAAGCAAUGACCCUUGGACAAGACUUAGCAGCAUACACAACGUAUGAGGUCUACCCCACUUUUGCAGUGACUGCACGAGGGGAUGCAUAUGGAGCCUUCUGAAGAUAAUUGCCUUUUAUUUUAAUAAUAAGAUAUACAAAACUCUAUAUAGAAGAAAUAAACCUCUAACUCAGUCCCCUAAUGAUCACAUGUAAUACUUUUCCUAAAAUGAUGCCUUUCCUGAGACUGUAUAGCUUAUACUAACUAUAGAAUCUUGACCUGAGAAUGUUACUCCUAAUACAAUCAAAAGGUAAGGAGCCUUUUGUCUAACAGAAAGCUAAAGAGCCAAUGCCCCCAAAAGUUGUUCUUCCAAAGUUCCUGAGUGCAUUGCGAAUAUGUUUACAAACCCUGACCGAGUGGAGAGACGGCUGCGCAGAACUGGGCAGUUAGUAAUAACAAAGGGACCCAAGGAAACUCUAGAGUCUGAACCCUGGCUCACAGCUGCUUUUGUGAUACACAAAGUCACAAAAGGCAGAGUGAGGGUGGGGGGAUGCUUUUCAAAACGUGUUCCCCAUUGCCCACUACGCCGGGCACGUUCGCACAGUGGAGUUUGUGAAAAGCCUGUCCAAGGGAGGAUGAAGACAGCAUCACUGCAGUUUAAAAAUUCCAUCCAGUCAAUGUGUCAUAGGUCAGGAUCGCCCUGUCCCCAGAAAUCCCUGGGGACUUCCUGGAAAUUGAUGUGGUCUCUUAUAGACAUGGUUCAAAAAAAAUCCAGGCCAAUUGUUUAGUAAGCUCAUUAGCCCACACCUCUUUUCCCCUGGAACUCCUGCCCCUCCCAAGGAUCCUACAACACAAUCAUCGUUCCAACUUGAAGUGACUUUUUCUCAUUUUAAAUAUUUAACAUAUUGCUUUAUUUUCAUUUCAGCCUCAUUUUGCUCAUCUCUGGUAUCUUAAAAAAGGCAAUCACAUCUACAGAAUAUCACCUAUGAUAUUUUUUGCUAUUCAGCAAAUUGGCUGAAAAGUCAUUUCAAAGAAAGAAGUGAAGAUUUAUUCUUAUUUCUUUGAUCUUUUUUGCAGUACCCAGACCACCAUCUAGCAUUCAGAGACAGUUAUGUUAACUUGGGUUCAGCCUUGAACUGUCUAACCCACUGAUACUAAAUCUGCCAAGAAAUCCUCUACCUUCCCCCUUGCUUUGACUUCCAAUAAGUAUCAGACAGCUUUAACAUAGCUGAGUGCUUUGGUCUUGGAACUGUUACAGGAAAACCUUACAUCUGUCACUGCUGAUUAGAAGCUGAUUCUUUAGACACUCAGCAGUGGUGUUACUUACCAAAAGUCCCUAGAGUUUGGGGCCUCUUCUCCAGCAACAUCUGAUGGAGGUGAGGGUGCUAUAAAAACUGGGAUGUAGGGGGAAGUAGAAGAUACUAUUUUCCUGCCAUCCAUGUAAAUGAUUGCUUUUUGUUCAAAACAGAAAUAAUCAAAGUCCAAAUACCAAAUACCUAUUACUACCACUCCAGUCUCAUUUGUGAUUUAAGACAUAACAGUACUACUACAAUUUCCAUUUUAAAAAAUCCCUUAGCCCUUGUAAAAUUCUAUAGGACUCAAACAAAAAAUAUAACUACAGAGGCAUUUAAAAAAUUGUCAACUCUUGAAUGGAAUUCUGUGAUCCAACAUCAGGCCAGAUUCCAAUCAAAAUCAGAUAAAUUCCAAUAACAAUUAAAAGUCUUUGUCACCUUUCAGUUCUAUUAACUCCAAUCAGAUACCAAAGGCCUCAACGCUCCUGAUGAAACUCUGAAAGGUCUUGUGUUUUCAGCUUCACAUUUUGCUUCUCUUAUUUUCUAGAACAGUGGUUCCCAAACUUGACUACACAUUAGAAACACCUGGGGAGCUUUUCAUACCGCCCAUGCCAAGAUCAUACCUCACACCAAUUACAUUGGAAUGUCUUGGGGUCAGAGCCUGGCAUCAGUGUUUUUUAAAAUCCUUUGGUAAUUCCAAUUUGCAACAAAGUUUGGGAACUGCUAUAUUUGUAUUUUCAUUCUAUCCCUUAACAUUUUUUUCUUUUUUAUUUCACUUUUGUUAAAUAGAAAAAAAACAAAAUGCAAGAAAAUUUGUCAACGUGAAAGCAAAUUGUCAAAUUAUUUGUUUUACAUAUACUCAUCUCAUGAACAUAUGAAUUUAAGUAUAAUUCAUAUUGACUUCAAACGAACAAACUCAAAAAAUGAGAAAGUGAAAAAUUACUCCUUAAACAAUUCUUAGGUCCAAAUUUACACUCCCCACAGACCAGCUGUUAUACUCAAAGAGAGUAAUUACAGUGGGGGCUUACAAAUUCCUACUCAGUCCAUAAAAGCUUUCCAAAUUCCAAGAAGCAAAAGUUUUAAUGUUUUUUAAAAUCUUUAAAAAUACAUGUGGGGAUGGCCAGUUAGCUCAGUUUGUUAGAGUGUGGUGCUGAUAGCACCAAGGUUGCCGGUUCGAUGCCCGCAUGGGCGACUGUGAGCUGUGCCCUCCUUAAAAAUAAUAAUCAAUCAAUCAAUCAAUCAAUGUAAAAUGACACUCUGAAUGUCUAGUCAAUGCAAAAUAGAAGGUUUCAUCCAGAGGAAUUUUCAAUUUAAUCAAAAUAAACACACAGUAAGUUAAUACAGGAAACCCUUCAUGAGAAAAAUCAUUAUUCCAGAUUAAAUUAUUAUCACUUUUUUUUAAGGUUAAAAGCAAAGACCUAAAUGUACAAUAGAAUAAUACCAAAGUAUCAAGAAAAUUACCACUGGAACACAAUCUCAUUACUUGCCUGAGGAAAACCACAAGUAUCCAUGACAUUUACUUCCUAAGGACGCAUUUUGCUCAAGUGAGUAGAUGUGGUUUUAUUUAUUGCUGAAAUUUUACUUCACUCUAAUAAAAUCUAGAAACUACUUUCAAUUCCAUCAGAACAUAUUCAUAAAAAGUGUAGAUGUGUCUACCAUGUCAUCUGUUUGCAUUUACUUUGCCCAAGUUAAGUAAUGUAAAGCAAGUCCAGGUAUACUGGGUUUAAAAAAAGGAGAUAUUUAAAAACUCAAGUGUAGAACCAAAGGUUUAUUUUGCAUGCUCUUUGUAUAUUUGGACUUCAUACUUAGCAUCUAUUUAAUACCAAUCAUACCUUGUAUGUAUCAAUACCCAUUUUUCAGCUAUUUCUUAUUGCUUCCUAGAAAAAAUUGUUCAUGGAAAAAAUGAAAAUGAGUCAACCAACCAACUAAUAAUAUAAAAUACCCAAACCUAUAAUUUAGAAAUAUCUAGUAAAUUAGAAUUGGGUUUCUAAAUUUUGGUAAUUAAUAGCUUACUGAGAAUUAAAAUGAGCCAAUGUAACUUUGAAGGAAAUGGAUCAGCAGUGAGAGUCGAUAGCUAUGAGGUUGGUGUAAAAGUAAUUGCGGUUUAAAAGGUUAAAAACAAUUGCAAAAACCGCAAUUACUUUUGCACCAACCUAAUAUUUUCCUACCUGUAAAAAUGUUUCUUCUUCUAAAAUUGCUGAACUUCUCUCCCACCCCAUUAGUAAAAGCAGACCAGCUUUAACCACAACAAAACGUAUUUCUCUUAGGUACCUAGUUUUCCCCUCCUGACCCUGCCUAAACUUGCUAUCAUGCUGAACCACACUGUAUUUGGGUCACAGCACUUAAAACGCUGCUGGAAAGCUACCUCGUGUUAAGAAAAUAUGGACUUCAAAAAAUAUUUAACAAAAGAGGACUUAUUUCCAAGCCACAGUUCUUUAACAUUUUAUGGUAGAUGAAAAUUAAAUAGCUAUGUAUUGUUACUAGCUAUGCAAGAAAUUAGUUUUAGUUUGACUUAAAAGUUUAUUUUUAAAGACACAUUCUUUCAAUCACAUAGAUUAUCUUUUUAUAAAUAUUGCCUCAAUAUUAUUUUCAGUUUAUGCUAAUUUUCACUCUAUUUCUAAAUGACUAUUUUAUAGUUCUGUCUUGGAUAACAGGGUCAUGUUUGAAUCCAUGGGGACAGGGAAAUUCUCCAGGAUGUCUUUUGCAGAA